CCGCCCCUUAGCUCCCGGUCCCGCACCUCCGGUGGCGGCCCCGCAAAGCGCGCCUUGAAGGGCGAGGAUACCUUAGAGAACACCUGGGACGGUUGCUCCAGGCCUCUCACGACCGAAGUCAUUAACUGCACCCCAGUGUAAAGGUCAGCCUUGCAGCUUUGGAAGCCCCCUUAUUCUUUACUCAGCUUGCUGGCCUGCAUUCAUAUACAGGACAGACUUGCACCUAGCAGAACCCUGGCUCUCCUGGUGUGCUGGCUGUUUCCUCUGAAUUGGAUGUGUCCGAGAAAAGAAGAUGAUACAACAUAGGAAUGGGAAAUACAAGAAGCUUCAACAGUUAUGGAAGUCAUAGGAACAAAACCAACAGAGACAAGCUUCCUGGGUACAGUAAAAGUUAAUACAGUUAGAUACAAGCCAAAUAGAAGAGCUUACAAAAUAAUAUAAGUUGUUUUAUUACAAGCAGAGAAUCAAUCAAUGGCAGUUUCACUCAGUCUUCGUCACUGUAACAGAAGGACUGGCUGUAAGAUGGAUGUGUCUGGUUUUUCUGUUGCUGUUUGGAUGUUUGUUUGCCUCUAUGCAUCUGUGGUUGGCUAUCCAAAUGGAAAAGUAAGAGAAGCCUGUACUAGCAUGGUACCCUGUCAUGGUAGCUCUCCUCAGCUGUCACCUGAGCACACCAUUGCAGUGAAUGGGACUGAAUUUAAACCAGGGGACAGCAUAGAAGUUCAUUUGUAUGGACCAGAUUUUGAAGGAUUUUUCAUACAAGCCCGGGAUGCAGAACAUCUGGAUAGCCCUGCAGUUGGUUCUUUUGUGUUGGCUGACCGGAGACGUUCUCAGCUGCUGACAUGUGGUCGUACCAAGAAUUCCGCUGUCAGUCACACAAGUAAAGCAAAAAAGAAAGACAUAAAAGUUUAUUGGGUUGCCCCUGGAGAUGCUCCAAAACAUGUACAGUUUCUAGUGACAGUUGUGAAGAAAUACAGGAUUUUCUGGGUAAAGAUUCCAGGUCCCAUUGUUUCCCAGCCUGAUGUCCUCUCCCCAACACCACCUUUGCAUGCAACGUCAGAGGCUAUGUCAGCUUCACACCCAGUUUCCUACAUAUCAAAGCCAUUUAGUGCAUCAAGUUGUGGAAUUAUGAAGUUCUGCGUUAGGAACCCUACAAACUGUGAUCCUGGAAGUGCGUCCUGUUUUUUUCUAUCGUUCCAACAAGAGGAGAGCUCAGUUUUUAUUGAAAUGAGUGGUCCAAGUGAAGGAUAUUUAGCAUUUGCAUUUUCCCAUGACCAGUGGAUGGGUGGUGAUGAUGCUUACCUGUGUGUUAAUGAGGAUCACCAUGUUCAUGUGAGCGCUGCCCGUCUGAAGGAGCGAAGUCAUCCUCUCUUGGAUUCAGAGAAUUCCCUUGAAGAAGUGUCAUGGAGGCUUGCAGAUGGCCUUCUUCAAUGUUCUUUCAGAAGGAGUAUUCGUCUCCCUGCUUAUAAAGGGAGAUUUAAUCUGGAUACCAGUUACUAUAUCUUUCUGGCAGAUGGGGAAGCUAGUGAAGGUGGGCUCAUAUACAAACAUCAUCGUCAGCCCCUUGUCACCAAUGGACUGUACAAUGUCACGGGUCUUCCUCAGGAUAUUGGAGGUUCCCGGGCCCCACGGCUUAUCAAGGCUCAUGGAGCACUAAUGUUUGUUGCUUGGAUUACCACAGUUAGUAUUGGUGUUAUUGUUGCACGAUUCUUCAAACCUGUCUGGUCUCAUUCAUUCCUACUUGGAAAGGAGUUGUGGUUUCAGGUGCAUCGUAUGCUUAUGUUAGUCACAGUCAUGCUGACAAGCAUUUCUUUUGUGUUGCCUUUUGCAUACCGAGGAGGUUGGAGCCAACAAGCAGGUUUUCAUCCUUAUCUUGGCUGUGCUGUGAUGGCUUUGACAAUCUUUCAACCACUUAUGGCAGGUUUCAGACCAUCUCGUCACGCGCCAAGGAGGCAGUUGUUUAACUGGUUUCACUGGAGUACUGGUACAACAGCUAGAAUAUUAGCUGUUGUGACUAUGUUCUUGGGAAUGGAUCUGCGUGCACUUGACCUGCCAGACCCAUGGGACACCUAUGCAAUGAUUGGCUUUAUAGCUUGGCAUGUUGGUACUGAUGUUCUGCUGGAAAUACACAGCUACUGUCUUGUUCGUAAAGCUGAAGUGAUAGAGGAUGACAGAGUACAGAUACUUCAGUCACUAACAUCUGCAGAAGCAGAGGGUCGUCUGUUUAAACAGAUUGUGUUAGCCAUCUAUGUCUGUGGAAAUAUAGUAUUCCUUGUUGCCUUCCUGAUAGCAAUCAACCAAGUAUGAAAUAAGUAUUUGAGAAUUGUGACAAAAUACUGUGCAGUUGAAAAAUCUGCAAGAAAUACCUUUUAUUACAACUUUUUUCUCAACAUGUCCUUUUUUUUUCAACAUCCCUGAAGAUGUAAUCAAAGAAUAACUGCACGUGCAUGUCAUGCUCAGUGUUAGGGAGGUCUGGAAUUCAAAUUUAGAGAGGAAUACUGCAGUCCUACAAAAGCUGUCUUCUGAUGGGACUCUUAAUGAACCUUUUCCUGAGUAAAGAAUGAAAGCUCUACUUUUUAAGCACACUAGUUUUAUAGGUUAAGAGGAGAUUGAGAAGGUGUGCUGAAAAUGUUAUUUUGAUAGUUCCCUAAACCUUUUGUGAAUAUUGUUGGGGGAACUGGUAAGAUAUGACUGAUCCAGAUCAGUCUGUCCACUUUAUGUUCUCAUAAUAUGUGAUGUGCCAGCUUCCUGCUCUUGACAGUCUUGUGCAUAAGGAAAUCCCUAACCAGACAAGCCUUGAAACUUGGUGAAAAAUUGUCACAAAUGCAGGUUGAUGCAUGAGCUAAAUAGAUAAAAGUAAAAUGCAAAAAGCACUGUCUGCUCUAAGAGCAGUGUAUUUACACAACAAAUAUAGGAGUUUGGGAACUUCAGUCCUUUAGUAAAACCACCAUUUGCCUCAUUCAAAAUACUGCUCUGUCUCAACCCUCUUGGUGCUUCUAAAUCAUAAAGAGAAAACAUGUUUUAAAUAUAAAUGCAUUAAAACCUAUUCUAACUUAUCCCAAAUUCAAACCUUCUUCAGCUAGGAAGAACCUAUCUGUGUUUGUAGAUUUCUGUUUUACUGUCUUUGGUUGCUUUGAAUUACUUGACUGUGUGAAUAAGAUGUCUUUAUACCAAUUGAUGCUUUAGUGGGAAUGAAAAUACUUGCUCUGGAACGUUGCAGUUGUAUUUGUGCUAUUGAGCAAAACAUAAAUUGGGAGCUAGAUCAGGAAAAGCAGCUUCUGCUAGUGUUAAGUGAGAGCCCUUUGAUCUGGCAUAUCUAGAAGACAGAACUAUAAGAAUUAUGUAACAAUUCUGCAAGAAUAUUGGAGGGCAAUUUUUUAGACAACAAAAGGUUUCUGCUAAUAUAUGAACUAGGUACAGAGACUAGAAAGAAACUAUAUUUAACUUUUUUGGUUCAUGGUUUGUCUAAGUAUGGAAGGAUACUCUUGAAAGGGCAUUUUUAAAAUGAAACCUUAAUACACUGUGCAGUUACGGUGCUUUGCAGUUGUUACGUGGCUCUAAACAGCUUGCUCCCACACAUUUUCAUUUUUCUUACUGGAAAAUACUGAUUUUGAGUUGCAACAACUGAAAGUACAUUUUUAGGCUAGGGCUACUAAGGCAGCUGGGAAUGAAGGUGUUGGGAGUAUUGGAUAGAAUAGUGAGUAGUGAGGCCUGACUUGGUAUAGACUUUCACAGCAACAUCUCUACAACUGUGGCCAGCUCUAAAAUACUUGUAGGUGUGGGUCAGGUGGUGGUUUCCUGCAGUUACCAAAGCUGUCUGCUCUCUCUCUUCCUCCACCUUCCCAAGUCCAUAGUGCAGCCUGUUGCAUGGACAGGUAAUAUUCAGGAAGCUACGUGUUUGUUUGUAGUCAGUGAUCUUUCUGGCUGCUCAGAUAUCUGAUUUAGCCAUAAGGGCAUUUAUGGAGCUGGGGUUAAUCCCUUUGUCAGCAGCAGCUGACUGCCAGUGAGUCCAAGGUGAAUCAUCUCCCUUAGAAAAGUCAUGUGCAGAUUGGGAAAGGGGGACUGCCAAGAAAUGAGUUACACAGUUGGCCCCAUGCUUCUUGUCCUUCAGCCUGGGUUGUGAGUGUAGGGUUUUUUUAGAGAACUCUGAUCUCAAAAGCCUGGGAAUCUCAGGCUCAUCUACUGUUAAAAUCUUGUGGGACUCUCAUCUGCUGUGAGUUUAUGGAAGAAAAAUCACUCAACCUAGGCAUGAUUGAUGGCUUUUUAAAUUAAGAGUAAUGCCAGAUCCUUUCUGUAAUACAAAAGCUGUACUGAGGCUUGUUUAAUUUACAUGUAACAAUGAACAUGGGUUUUAAAACAUGAAUGUAAAUAUCUCAAUGGAAGUUCUUGUCCUUUUUAGUAAUGUGAAAAUGCUGUCACAAGGAAACUAGAAAAGUCUUGCCUAGGAGCAGAAUGGAUUGUCUCUUUUUUGUAGAUGUUGUUUUAUACAUUAAACUAUGUAAAUCCUUCCUGGAGAAAUGAUUAUUGAAAUUGAAUGUUAAAAUAGUUUAACUUUUUAAAGGAGUUUCUUUUCCUCAAGAAGAAAAAAAACGUCCUUGUUCCACAUGUAAUUCAACUUCAAAAUUGGCAAAAUUGUCAGUUGCUCUGGAUAACUUUCUUCUUCUACUUCUUGCAGUAUUGUCUAGUUUCUUAUGGGAGCCCUUAUGUGCAGUAUUGUAACUUAAAUUGAUGGAAAAACUUGCUAAUUUUACCUAAUUUCUGUUCUCACCACCACUCCUGACCUUUUCCUGAAUAACUAGUUAGAGGAAUUAAUGUGUCAUUGUAUUCUAGUGUCUUCCAAAGUUUUUUGUGUACUCCUUUGAAAAAAAAAUCUGUGGAGGGGUUUGAUAUUGGCAGGAACAUAGAUGUCAGGUAGAAAUUUGUGAUUAGUGUCACAAGUAGUUUAUUGUUUUGAUUGUUAGGUGCAGCCUCCAAAUACCGGUCAUCUGCUCUUGGCUUAGCUACAAGUCACGUCAUUUGCCUGUGUGCACUUUGAACUAAAAUUACUUGGUUCAAAUGCAAUGGAGUUCACACCUACUUUGUUUUACUUUUAGUAAUUUUUAGCUAGUUGACAUUUCAGGCUGCAGCACGAACCACGAAAAGGUGUAUUUAAUUUCUCCUUCUUACACUGAGUGCUACAUUGUUUCCUGUUUCAUAAAAAAAAUCACAAAAUGGGGAGACUCCCAGUUUUGUGUAAUAAUGGCCAUGUUUUAGCUUUACCCAGGGAAGCCUAAGGAGAGAUUGCCUGUUUUGUGUUCCAUCAGUUUGUAACACUACGUGGCGCCCUUGUUCAAAUAACAGCACUUCUGUUCUGCUCGCUUUCUGUAAACUGUCAGCGAGAGGUUGACAUGUAGAGGCUUUCCAAAAUAGGAAGCGUUCCUAAAUGAACUAAUUGGAAAAAUUCUCAAGGUGUAUUAAGGUAUUAUUAAAGUAUUAUUAUUUUAUUAAAGGUAUUAUUAAGGUAUUAUUAAAAAACUCAAUCUUUAAAUUCAAGCCAACUCAUACAGAUAGACAUUCUGGAAUGGGUGUUUGCUUGAUAUCCAUACUUGAGCUUUUGUUUGAGCAGGUAUGGAUGGUUUUCUUUUGUUAUGUGGGUCUUGUCCUUUUGCAGACAACUGAAGAUGAACAGCGAUCACUAAGGGGAAACUGCAGUAUUCUGCAUUUCUGUGCAGAAGUUAAUACCUCAGUGGUGUUAGACCUUUGGUGCAGCCUGUAGUAAGUGGUGUCCAAGUGAAUGGAAGGAUGGUUAACAGGGAUGAUCUGCUAGUAGGUCUGAGAAACUCUGCUCACAUAAAUCUGAUUCAUUCUCUAAGGGGGUUUGUGUGAAGGAGGAAGUGGUUGUGUAUACCUGAGGAAGUGGCACAGGACAAGUUCUUCAGAACAGGCUUGGAACCACCUGGUUUAGUU